CGUGUGUGUUUCAUGUGUCCCACGUGUGUCCCACGUGUGUCUCGUGUGUGCUCCACGUGUGUGCCGCGCACGUCCCGUGUGUGUCCGUCUCGUGUUGUCCACGCUAAAGAGGAGACCGAGGAGGUUCCGGAAGCUGCGGAAGAAGCCGAGGAUGCAGGAGAGGAAGGCGAGGGAGGUGACGAGGAAGGAGAGGAAGCCGUGGAGGAGGCACCAGCGGACGACGCAGAGGAAGAAGCUGCCCGCCCGGAGGCAGAGAGGGUUGUGGCCUCGGCCGAGAUUGAGCCGGAGGGAGACGCGGCGGUAACGCUUGAUGCGGUGGAACAAGAAGAAGAGAGGCCAAAGCCAAAGCCGUUCGCUCCGCCGCAAAUGCAGAUGCCCAAGAUGCCCGAGGGAGACAAAGUGGACUUCGACGACCUGCACCGCAAGCGCAUGGAGAAGGACCUGGGUGAGCUGCAGACGCUGAUCGCCGCUCACUUUGAGAAGCGUCAGAAGGAGGAGGAGGAACUCAUCGCUCUCAAAGCCAGGAUCGAGAAGCGCCGCUCGGAGAGAUCGGAGCAGCAGCGGAUCCGCGCCGAGAAGGAGAAGGACCGCCUCGUGCGACAGGCGGAGGAGAAGGUGCGGAAGGAGGAGGCGGACAUGAAGCGGAGGGGGGAUGACGACGCCAAGAAGCGCAAGGUGUUGACGGACAGGACGGCGCAGUACGGAGGGUACCUCGCAAAGGCGGAGAGAGGCAAGGGCAGUAAAAAGAUGACGGAGAGAGAGAAGAAGAGGAAGAUUCUGGCCGAGCGCCGCAAGGCUCUCAACAUCGAUCACCUGGCUGAGGAUAAGCUCAGGGAGAAGGCGAACGAGAUGCACCUGUGGCUGACGCAGCUCGAGUCGGAGAAGUUCGACCUCCAGGAGCAGCUCAAGAGGCAGAAGUACGAGGCUAAUGUGCUGCGACUUCGGGUGCAGGAUGCACAGAGCAAAUACUCCAAGGGCGGGCGCGGCAAGGGAAAGGUCGGAGGUCGCUGGAAGUAAAGGCGUGGGGUCGCGACCCCCACCCCGGAGAGGGGGCGUCCGAGGAGACGCCCGUGACCUCCGGGGUCAGGAGACAUCGCAGGAGCCAGAGACCCAACCCUCCGUGUGUAGCUUCCCCGCAUGGUGCCAGCCUCACCCCGGGGCACACCACCACCCCUGCCCCCCCACCCAUCCCCUGCCCCCCACCCGCCCCCCACUUCUCUCCUUUGUUCCCCUCGCCGCUCUGUAUUUUCGAUUCCUCUAAUAAAGUCGACGAGUGCUCA